AGGCGGAGCCGGAGAGCGUGUUCGAGAACCCCUUCUUUUCCCUGCAGAGUCUGAUCAAGGCCAGGACGGACCACCUACAGAAGCGGGAAGCGGAGGAGGCGAUCAAAAAUCCUGCCGAAGCCUACACGAAAGUGCUUUUCGCGGGAGCGGUAUCCUGUGCAAAAGUAUCGUACGCGUAGUAAUCGCAAUCAUGCAUUACAAAUCUCCAUCCCAAGGCAAAACAGCAUGACAAAUUUCAUUUGUCAUGCUGAGCUAACUUGUAUUGCAAUUACUACUAGUACGAUACUUUUGCACUGCAUAAGCGGCCCGGCACAGCAACAAUAUCCCGAAGGUGCACAUUGACGGCGAGCGCGAGGCGAUCGUAAACCAACUGGUGGGUCAGGGCAGCGCACAGCUGGAGCGGAUAGAAGUCAACCACAUAUCCUGUGCAAAAGUAUCCUAGACUAGUGGAAAUCGCAUGACAAAUUUCGUCAGCAUGAAAAACAGAAUUUACACAUCUAGAAGAAAGACGCUUGUGAUGCAUGACUGCGAUGAUCUCUUUUACGGCGAUGCUUUUGCAAUGCAUACCAGAAAGGCAACAGCAAGAGCUCGAACCAGCCCACUCCGAAGAAAAUAAACAGUAUGCAAGAAGAAACGUGCCGUGUUAAGUACAGGAAAUCUUCUGUAUAGUAACUAGCUAAACGCAAUGCAUGCUACUACAAAUAAGCUAAUACACGUGUCAUGCCGGCCCCGGCCAGCAAUUGCUGGACGAGUGGCACAACAACCCUGGGUCAUUUCAUAGGUCGUGAUUUCAUCACACCGAUUCGGAUACUAGCCGUGCUUGAUGGCAGACUUUCUCUGUCAUGCAGAGCAUGUCUGAUGUCAUGCUAACAGGCUAUGGCUAGGACUAGGAGUAGGAAAUGAAGCAAUCUGCACAAUACAUCGCAGAGUUUUUUUCUUGCAUAAACGGCAAGAGCAGCGUGAAAAGUUCUAACCUGAAUAACGUGGCGCAGCACAGUUACAGUAAGGAGUCGGGCAAAGUGGAGAUGCAGUUGAAACUGGAGCACAUUUCGCCGGACCUUGCAGACGAGAUGCAAAUUGACGCGGUGAAUAAAAUGAACAAACAGGCGGAGCAGGCGGCGAAGUGAGAACUUUGUGUACUUAGUACCUACAAAGAACAAACAGCGAACUUCAUCUCGUGUCAGCUUUCACGACUUCCCGAGCGUGUGAAGGUGUAGUGUUGGUGAGCUUUUGUUUAUUUCACUUUUCAGCAGUAGAGCUUCCUUCAGGAUGUGAAAGUUACUACAGGCUGUAAAAUUUGUUCUCCUGGUUGUACAAGUGUAGUUCCUCUUCCUGUACUGUGACUUUCAUCAUGUUGACAUAAGUGUCGAGAGCUUGAUCUUUACCUUUGCCCUGUGAGGUCGCGGUUGACACGAGAUGCGAGAAACUACGCGCCAAAAUGAGUGUUUGAAGGAGCAACCACGGCAACCGCGGCCAAAGAUUCGCCGAUAUUUCGAGCGAGACCGCUUAACACAACUUUUUCUCCAACUCUGAUAUAGUACCAGUGCAGAAAUAGAAUACUUUAUUGAAAAUAAGCUAUCAGUUUUUAUAUCAACGAAAACGAGCAGGAAUCACGGGAAUCGGGAUGGGGAUAGUGACUCAGGGGACCACGACCCGGAGUGUAUGUCGCGAAAAUUAGAAGAUGAUACAGUUACAGUAAAGCCUUAGCCGAAUUCAGACAAAGUAAAAGUACGCUUAACAGCAGUAAGAAAGGAAGUAAAAAUCGAACGGAAAGAUAGAACAACAAGGGCUGGACCAAGAAGAAGCCCGAACUACCAAGGUAGUUGUUGAGCUGGUAUUUUUCUUCAAUAAAAAAUGGUUGCUGACCACGUGAAAUUUAUGACUCCUGGGGCAGGGAUGAAGAUUAUUUUCAUCUCUCAGUGCUGUGCGACUACGCCAGGUGCAAU